GUUAUUUCAUGUGUCAGGUUAAUUUUGUGUUUCUUAGGGGUGACUGGAAUAUUUUCAACUUUAGAAAGUUAAGUUAGAUUAAUAGUUGAAAAUCUCAAGUUAAGUAUCAAGUUAAACAAUGGCGGCUCUGAGGUUGGCGUUGGUUCAGAUGGCAGUUGGGAGUAAUAAACUUGAGAAUGUAAAGCGAGCGUGCCAACUGGUGAAGGAUGCCGCAUCAAAAGGAGCAAACUUGGUUGCUUUACCGGAAUGUUUUAACAGUCCUUAUGGAACACAGUAUUUCAAAGAGUAUUCAGAAUCAGUACCUGGUCCGACGACAGAGUUAUUAUCACAAGUUGCUAAAGAAUGCAAAAUCUAUUUGGUUGGAGGUUCAAUACCAGAGUCUGAAAAUGGCAAAUUGUUUAAUACGUGCUCUGUGUUCUCACCUAGUGGUGAUAUGAUUGGGAAAUACAGGAAAAUGCAUUUGUUUGACAUUGACGUUCCUGGGAAAAUUCGUUUCCAAGAAUCUGAAGUUUUACAGCCAGGAAACAAACUUCUUACAUUCACUCUAGGAAACUGCAAGAUUGGCAUUGGGAUCUGUUACGAUAUCAGAUUCGCAGAACUUGCACAGAUUUAUGCUGCAGAAGGUUGCCAUCUCCUUAUAUAUCCUGGUGCAUUUAACAUGACCACAGGGCCUCUGCAUUGGGAGUUAUUGCAACGUGCAAGGGCGCUGGAUAACCAAUUGUAUGUUGCUGCUGUUUCACCAGCAAGAGAUGACAAGGGAACUUAUGUUGCAUGGGGACAUUCUACCCUCAUUGGGCCUUGGGGAGAUGUUGUAGCAACUACAGAACACAGUGAAGAGACGAUCUUUGCAAAUAUUGAUAUGAGCCAAGUAAAUGAGGUUCGUCAAAACAUCCCAAUAUCAAAGCAGAAGAGAUGGGAUGUUUACACAAGACCUUCAAUCUGUGAUCAUCAUGAGAAGUCAGAUCGAUCGAAGAAGACAAAGGAUUGUUCUGGAUAUGAUAUUGAUGUAAACAAGCACGUGGAUUAGUUUUUUCGAUUUCCAUAUUUAUCUUCCUCUUAGCAUUUUCAGUGAUAUUUUUCAGGUCAUAUUCUAAUGUAGCUUAAGAUUUUUUUAGUAAAUUAACAUAUCAUGUGGUAAAAGAUUUUAUAACUUCAUUUUUUUUAAAUUUUAGUGUGUAGCAUAGGUGAAGCAUUUGUCUUUAAAGAGUUCAAGCAUUAUUAAUUUUUGUGUGUUUUACAAUUGUACGUUCAUCAGUUCCUUGUUGAUAUGUUGUGAAGCCAUGUAAUGCAAUGUGCCAUGUAUUUGUCGUGUGGAAGGAAUAAGUAAUAUCCCAAAUGCAAAGGGAAAUGAAAAAUGUACCAUCCCAACCCAAAUUAUACUUUAAGUACACCAAGUUCUGGUAAAUACGCAACUAUUCAGGUCAUGAUGUCGCAAGAAUCUACCAACAAUAUUGGAGCUGGUAAAGAAUACAGAGCCAAAUUCAAAAGAUACCACUUACUAUAGUAGUAAUAUACCUUGUACAAAUAACUUUUUUUUUGUAACAAUACAGUAUUUUAUUCUCAUGAA